AUGGCGUACAGAAGAAGGCAGGGGAUGACAAGAGCCUCUACUUUCAAAGAAGAGAUUGUUCAUCGUCCACCUGACGAUAUGAAUCCAUCUGCUUCCCCUCUGCAACCUUCUCAUUCGUUUAAUGCUUCUUCUUCUCUCGCUGCUCAGGCCAUUCGUGCCUCUGCUCUAUCAAAUGAACGCAAUCGAACCAAGGACUUCGCGGCCUAUGAAGAUUCAUCAGCAAAAUCCGGGUUUUGGGGUGUUCUGGCUCGAAAAGCCAAGGCCAUUCUUGAAGAGGAGGAUGCUGAGUUUCAGCAAAGUGAUGUGUUUGGCGACAUCAUAGCAUCACCUAAAUUAUCGCCAUCACCGCUCUACACUACUUCCGGUGGCCCAACUCAGUUUCAACAAAAAUACCAGUUAUCUGAUAACAGAAUGGAACAUCCUGCAAUCCGCAAGGGUUUGGAUAGAAUCACAACUUCCCUUAAUAAUCUUGGUGACACUUUCGAGAAGGCUUUUGAGGAGGGCCGAACAAUUGUGGAGAGUAAAACUGCCGACAUCAGACAUCAAAUUCAAAGAAGAGGAGACCAACCGGAGGGACAAAAUCAAGCUUCUUAUUAUGGCAUCAAACAAGCUAGGAGCCCUGAUACUCAAAUCAAGGCAUCUCGCGACGUUGCAAUGGCAACGGCUGCCAAAGCAAAGUUACUUCUUAGAGAGCUGAAAACUGUUAAAGCCGAUCUGGCUUUUGCCAAGGAAAGAUGUUCUCAACUAGAAGAAGAAAACAAGCGCCUUCGCGAGAGUCGCGAGAAGGGAGUAAACCGAGCAGAUGAUGACUUGAUUCGCCAUCAGUUGGAGACCCUUUUAGCUGAGAAGGGUCGAUUAGCCAAUGAGAACUCAGUAUAUGCACGAGAGAACCGUUUCCUGAGGGAAAUUGUAGAAUACCAUCAGCUCACAAUGCAAGAUGUUGUGUAUUUAUCUGACGAAGAAACAGAAGUUUACCCCCUAAGUAGCAGCCCUGAAGUUGCGCAAAUACUCUCGCUUUCUCCGCACUCAUCAGCACCACCAUCCCCACCACCAGAGGACCUUUCAUCUAUGAUCUCACCAGAUACCAAGGAAAUACUUGCUGCCCACAUUAACCCACAAGCGAAUAAAGAUGCUUCUCAAAAUGAGGUCACUCCAAGUUCAGAUAUCUCACCUUCUGUAGGAGAAGUUGCUAAAACACCUUCUGUAGGAGAAGUUGCUAAAACACCUUCUGUAGCAGAAGUUGUUAAAACUGCUUCUGUUGUAGAGGAAAGUAAAACAGAUUCUGUAGCAGAAGACACUAAAAGACCCCCUGCAUCUUCUGCCUAAAAAUUAGUGUAGCAUCUGAUUUUCUCUUUUUGUUGGUCCU